CGGCGUUGGGGCGUCAUAUUACGGAAGUUCACUCCCUCAUUUCAUCUCUUGGGCCCCCUUCCAAAUGCUGCGUCGUGGAAUCACACCUCUUGGCAAACAGGCACGGCCACAGUCACCACCCCGGUCAAACUUUACGGCAUGUCUCCGUUGCCACCAGCGGAAAAAGCGAUGCGACAGGAGAUUACCAGCUGUGCGAAGCAGCAGGCGUUGAGUGUGUUGGCUAUGACUCGGUAUCCAAGCGACAAGUACCCCGAAGGUGUGCAUAGCAAUGACUCCGCAAUGCAUCAAGUUAACACUAUGGCAUCAUUGCAGCUCAAACUCCAGCAACAUGGCAUCGAAUGCCCCGAGCUGGGAACGGAGUCCCAGUCCUUUAUACCCCGGCCACGCCCAUCUGAGCCAAUCGCUCAGUCGUCAAGCUCACCUACGUAUCCUUUCCCUGAGUCAAACUUGGCAACGGCUCAGACAACAUCAGAUGCCGCAGCAAGAACCCUAAUCGACGUGCAGGAAAUGUUACGACCUAGCACUGCUCCUGAACCUAUUUUCUCGAAGAUGCUUAUAUCUGGAUUGCUGAAGUCUCCCAAACCAACGCCUAUGAUACCUGUGAUAAGCCCACAUGACAUAGUACUGGAAAAGCAAUUUGACCCGGCUCCUUCACCUCGACCAUUACCAGAUCGUAAAUCAGCCGAGUAUUUCGUCAAGAUGUUCUUUCAGUACGUCAACUUCAGCGUGCCCAUGUUGCACGAGCCAACCCUGCGGGAAAAACUCGAUCGUCUCUAUUCUGAAACAGCGUUAGACGACGAUGGCAUCAACGUGGAUGGACAACUUGACAAGUUCUUCGUGAACAUGGUAUUUUCAGUAGGCUUAUUAGCUGUUCAUAAGCAAGACUCUCCCAGGAUUCCCAUUGCGCUGUGUGAGCAGUAUUGCCAGACGGCAUUGUUGGCCCUUGAAGCUGUCCCAUUCCCACGCACUGUCGAGGGCGUGCAAGCGCUUAUUUUGCUUGCGCAAUAUUCGUACUUGCACCCUGCCGAGUUUGGAGGGUGGAACACCAUCGGAAUAGCCCUGCAACUUGCGGUUGAGCUUGGAUUGCACCAAGAUCCUUGCUCCAAGGACUUCGACUGCUUGACAGUGGACAUGAUGCGGAGAUCGUUUUGGGCCGCGUAUUCUAUGGACAGAAGCGCUGCAAUUGCCAUCGGAAGGCCGAAGUAUCUGUCAGAUGGCUUUAUCACCGCCAAGUACCCUAGCGAUGCAGAUGACGAGUACAUCACCACUAGUAGUGCCACACAGCCAGAGGGCAUCCCUAGAGGAAAGAAGAGAUAUUGCAUCCAUUGGCUUCGUUACCGACAACUCCAGUCCGAAAUACACACGGUACUAUAUGAGAGGAUGCCAUCGCUACACUCGCAGGUUGAUUACGCUCGAUGGCAAAAUACCAUGGCUGAUGAGAUUAAAUCAUGGUACAAUGCAGUUCUUCAGGAGAGCCGCCCCUCAGAAAUCGGCAGCAGCAAUAUUGCUCCACCAGAAAUCCUGGAGCUUGCCUUUCAACUGGCCUUGAUGCUGAUCUACCGCCCAUCCCCAAACAACCCAGCUCCGUCCGAUCCGGCAUUAUCAGAACUUGCCACUUGCUCCAUGGAAGUGAAUCAGCUGUAUAAACGUUUCUUUCGUGAGAACAAAGUACGCUUCUAUUGGCACGCAGUCGAGAAUGUCUUCAACGCCGGAACUUCUCUGAUAUAUGCAUAUGCUCAUUCCGCUGCGGUACGGGAACAAUACUCCCGCCGAUCACUUGAGGCAGCUAUUCAUUCUACAUCCUCGGUUCUGUGGGCGAUGGUGGAACAUUUCCCUGCAUUCAAAGGUAGGCGCGAUGCUUUCGAAGUGAUAGCCUCGAAAACGCUGGCAGAUUUUGGCGAGCACAAUGCGACCGGGGGGUCAAGUUUAUCAAGCUAUUCGUCCUUCCCGCCGACAAAUGUUGAGUACAGAGACGGCGAAACAACCAUGGCCCAUUCAAAGAACAAGGCGGGGCUAGGCACGCAACAGGUCGACGAGGAAAGUGACAGUCCCCGUCAUAACGAUCGUUUUGGUACUGGCCAAAUUGUUCUCGGGGACGAUGAGGGGGCAUCUUACCUAGCACUCCCUGUGAAUAUGGAGGGGGCUGAUAUGCACGACUCGGAUCUUUCAAUGCUCAAUGCUGAAGCAUUUGAUAUUGAUGGGACCCUCGACUUUGACAAAGUAUCCGCCAACUGGGAAGAAAUGACAUAUGCAACUUGGCUC